AGUGAACCGCGCUCCAUACGAAGAGUACCAUUGUCCCACUUCAACAUCAAUAGUCUGACAAUGGCGGCGCUCUUUUCGACGCAGGAUCCGACCAAGCUUUUUCAGUUGCUCGAGAAGGUUGGCAGCGGCACGUACGGCUCGGUCUACAAGGCGCGCGUGAUUGAGACGGACGAGCUCGCCGCGGUCAAGAUCAUCAGCCUCGAAGCAGGCGAGGAUGUCUCCAGCAUGCAACACGAAAUUGAAAUUUUGCGAAGCUGCCACCACGAGAACAUUGUCAAGUACCACGGCAGCUACCUCAAGAACAACCGCAUCUGGAUUGCCAUGGAAUACUGCGGCGGAGGCUCUGUGGAAGAUCUUUAUCAGAUUCUGGAUACCCCAUUCAACGAGCACGAAAUCUCAGUCAUCUGCCGCGAGGCCUUGAAGGGCCUGGCAUACCUCGACGAGCAGAUGAAAAUUCACCGAGAUAUUAAGGGUGGCAACCUGCUGCUCACUGACAACGGUGAUGUAAAACUCGCUGACUUUGGUGUUGCCGCGACCAUGACCAAAACAAUGAAAAAGCGAAACACUUUUAUUGGCACGCCUUACUGGAUGGCACCAGAAGUCAUCACGGCUGAGCGAUCGAACGGCAAGCCAUACGACGCAAAGUGCGACGUCUGGGCGAUUGGCAUCACCGCGAUUGAAAUGGCGGAAAUGGGCCCGCCAAUGGGAGACUUGCACCCAAUGCGCGCUCUCUUCCUCAUUCCACAAAACAAGGCACCUGUCUUGUCCGACAAGAAAAAGUGGUCGACUGAAUUCCGCGACUUUGUGGGCAAGUGCCUCAAAAAGGAGCCCAAGAAGCGCCCGAGCGCCAAGGAGCUGCUCAAGCACCCAUUCGUCCACAAUACGAUCAAGCCGAUCAUCCUCAAAGACCUCGUUGAUCGCUGCAAAAAGGUCUGUGCUCAGGACAAUCGCACAAUGCCGUCGAAGGCCGCCGCGGCGCCUCCGGGAACGGACAUGCAAAACGAAGAAGAUCUGGCCAUCACCAGUCCCACCAACGUCAACCGAGCGCCUUCGCCGUCGCCGCUCCCUCCGCCUCGGCCGGUAGCUCCGAAGCCCAAUCGGCCGGGCGACAGCAACCAAACGCUCGUCAAUGAUCGUUCGUCGAGCCCGUCCACGCAUCACUACUUGGAAAUUGAGCCGUUGCAUUCUGGCAGAGACUCGGGCUCGAGCAGCACGUUUGGAUCGCGCGAUUCUGGCGCGAGUGCGUAUGCCAAUGUGACAUUCAAGCGAGAUGGAAGCAUGGCCGUGACCGACAGUGCACCUGCGAAUGGCACUGUUCGGCCGCCAGUUCCUGGCAACGGCUUCCCGCGACCUGCAGCGCUGUUGGCGUCAUCUUCAUCGGCCACCAAGCCACGCAGCCACUCUGCCUCCUCCACAGGGUCGUCGGCUUCUUCUUCCGCUGGACCUUCUUCCUCCGCGGGGCCUUCCACCGCUCCCCGAACCGCCGCUCUCUCGAUGGCAACGUACGACUGCCCGAUCUGCAACAGGCAGUUUAUUGGACUUUCGCUCGAAGAGUUCAACGUUCACGUGGACGAGUGUCUGACCCGUGUCCCAGAUUCUGCCGGUCCCCCUGUGCCCGCCCGCCCCGGCGCUCAAGGCGCAGCCGCCGCCGGCCAGCACGGCGUCGUUCCCGAGUCGAACGAGCACUUUUACGACGAUCCCUUCGAUGACGAAGUGGCCCAAUCACCCUUCCUUGCCCGGCGUGGGAACAACAGGCAGGCCUCUGGCCGUCGCUCUGGCGCUGUUUCUUGCCCCGUGUGCCAGGCGAACUGCUCAUCCAUGUCGGAAGACCAGCUUGCGCACCACAUUGACGACUGCCUCACGCAAUCCUUCCUCAAUCAAGAGGUGCCCGAGGAUGUCCCGCUCUACAAGACCCAAAAGGUCUUCACGGGCUGCUCUGUCAAAAUCAUGUGUGCAACCCGCUUCACACACCCGGAUCCCAGCCAUCCGGGCUAUACCUGCCAGUCAAUCGUGAUUGGCACGGAAAUCGGCAUCUACUAUCUCGACAUUUCGCAUGGCGAGGGGAACAGCAUGAUCCCAAUUGCUAUUCGGGAUAUUACUUGGGCAGAAUGCAUCCCCGACCUCGGUGUCAUUGUUGCCGUCUACGGCAAGAAUCACAAUCUGUGCCAGUAUAACCUAGACUAUGUUGUUUCUUGCGGCCGCUCACAUGGACGCAGCCCUCAAUCUUCCGAGCUCUGCACCAAGAUUAACAGCACCAAGGGUACUUCCAAGGUUUGCAUUGUUCGCCACCCGAUUUCCGGAGCCGUGUUUUUAUGUGCGCUAGUUGGCAAGAAAAUCAACUUGAUGCAGUGGUCGCCACAUCCGUACAACAAGUUUAUGAAAGUUCGGGAAAUUGACGUGCCCUACUCUGACACGCCUCCCAUCUGGGAGUGUUUUAUUCGUCGCGAGCUUCAAUUCCCAAUUCUUUGUGUUGGUGCACGCCAGCACAUUGAGACGCUGUCGACGCGAUUUAACACGAUUGAUUUCAACAUUGCUGAUGAAGAAGAGCUCGAAAAGGCCAUCAAGCAACACUCCAAGUGGUCUUCUUGGGAGCCAAAAUGCGAGCAGUUGCCUGUACACACAGUCCUGCAGAUUGAGAAUGAUGCGUUCGUCAUGUGCCACUCGACUCUGGCCCAGUUGUCGGAUGCCACGGGUGCACCAUUGGCAAUCAAGGUCCCGCAAGUGUUCUUUGAUGAAGCUCCUCAGGCUGUUGUUGCCAUCCCCGGCGCAUUGUUGGGCAUUCAAACCAAGUCCAUUGAAGCUCGUGUCAUCCAAACUGGCGAGCUCUGCCACAAAUUGACCUCGGACGAUACCUUCCGGCUGUUGUGCCGAACUCGAAACAACCUGUUGCUCGAGUCGCGCAAACCCAAUGGCAAGUCCGUCAACCUGUUUUCCCUCAAUCACGCCUGAAGCUGGGAUGACGUCCGUUUAUAAUUCGCUCUUCCCUGAUAUUUUCUUCUUGUUUGUUUUUUCCCCUUUGGUAUGGACUCAUUUAUUGUUUAACGUCUCGGGUGUUUGAUUUAUUGUCUAACGUCUCCGGUGUGGCGCGUUUGUUGUUGGCGGUUGCUUUUUUGUCUGCUAUUUCAUCGAGUGAUUGGCCUAUUUGUCCUAUUUUGUCACUUUUAUACAUUGCUCGUGCAGUCUUUGCUGUUGUGUUGCUGCAUUUAAAUUACCACAUGCUGACACACAAUUGGGCUUCAUGUAAAACGAACGCUCCCUUCGAAAUCGC